UUGGAAGCUUGAAGUGAAAGCUCCUUGAGCAAGAGGAGAGGCUCAGACUGGGUUCUGUGUGUGUUUCUGAGUGUGUCUUUGUGAGUGUGUGUUCCCCCGUUCAGCAACAACAAGGGCAAGGACUGGCGCUCUCCUUUAUCACAAAUGGAAAGAUCUCUCUUCACAGUUUCAAAGCACAGUGGGUUUUCUCCUUUUAAUUAAAAAUGGAUCUAAUUUAGGUUCUGUAAUCUCUGGCCACAUUUGAAGAGCUGAUGAUGAUGAAUUUGGAUGCAAGAUUUCGAACUGCUAAAGCCUGAAGAUUUUUUUCUUUGGAAUGCAUCUUGGGGUUGAAACUAGGUCAUGGCACACCAGCGUUGUCUGCAGUUACAUUGACAUGAAAUCUUUGUAAAGAGAAUGGAGCGCAAUUGAUUUUUUUGUAUGUUUUUAUAUAACUUAUGAAAACCGAUUUAAUGGUAGCAUAUGGAUUGUUUGAUAGCGCUUUUUCACUUUGAAGAUUUGUGGUAAUCUUAAUUUUUAAAUUCGUUUUGCAUUCAGGAGAAACAACAUCAGAAUCUCAAGCAGAUGAUUUUUUUUACUUUUUCAAUAACAAUGAUCUGCCUAACCCAUUACGACAAUUUUUACAAACUGGGUAGAGCGAUUCUUAAUGUUUCCAUAGCAGUUAGGCGUUGUCCUUAACUGAAAGUGUUUGAUCCCUGCCAGAAUUGCUUGUAAUUUAUGUAUUCGAACCCUUUUAGCCGUUUCAGUACGAGAUUCUGAAACCGCGAACAAUUGUCAAAACUAUUAAAAGGAAUGUCCAACUCACUUUCUUUUCAGUUUUGACCUCGUUCUUUUUUAAAAAAAUUAAGUAAUUUCAUGAGCUUAAACCCAUUAUGAAAAUCCUUUAAUAUUUGCUCGCAUCAGAGAUUUUUAACUGAUGGGAUCUGUAAUAGGAAGCCGCCAAACAUAUUUCAAAAUGGAACCUUUGCCUUGCUUUUUCUUUUUCACCCAAAUUAAAAUUGAUUCUUUACCCUGGAUUGACAUUGACUUUUUAACACAUUUUAUAUAGCACAUAAGCUACUUCAGUAUGCAGAUGUAUUUUUAGAAAACACAUCUCUGAGCUUCGUCUCAAAAUGUAUUACUGGCAGGUGGUGUGGCCGACAACUGUCGUGUGACAUUUUAAAUCUGGAUUAAAACGAAGUGUUGCACACAUUUGCUGGAGAUUCCCGGCCAGUCCUAAAGGUUGGGAACCCCACUGUGAGCGGUGACCCACCAAAACGGGGAAGGCUCAUUCGGUAACACGACGAACACAUCAAGGGAUUUCUCCCAGAAAUGAAGAAGGAACACUGGGAGCGGGAAACAAACCUCUGGAAGAACCCAACUCUUCCAGCACAAUGGGGUUUAUCAGCCGUCUCGGAGACCCUGAGUAGCAGGAAAUGAUUCUCAAUCCCGAGCGAUGGCAGGGGGGAAAAAUGAAUAGUUUAGCGAACAUUGGUGCUUGCUGCAAUCCAGGUAAGGAUGUGACUGCUCCCAGUCUUUCCGAAAUCAAGUGCCACGGCCUGGGCUCACUCAGAACGAGAAGUGAACGCUCACGGGUUGACGUGAGGCUGCCCAGUUGGGAGGCGUGUCUGCUGAACAGGAGUGUCCUCCUGAUCCGUGAACACCUCCCCAGACACUCAGAUCAACGUCCUUCCGGACAGUUAAGGGCAAGGCUGCCUCACAUCGCCCCAAAAUGCUCGCUGUUGAAACGAGACGGACGCACGGGUUCUUCUAAGAGCGGAUAAACUAAUGCAAUCAGGAAGCCAGCGUUUUUCCGGCGGAGAGUUGAGGUGAUCGUACAGCAGCCCGGUACCAUCAGCAGAUGCCUCGCCAAAUGUCACGUUUCUAGGACAUAACUGUGAACUAAGGGGAAGGGGAAAAAACUGAAUCUUAUCUUUAGAGAAUCAGUCAUCAAAUAAGAUGGCUAUGGAAAAUGGUCAUAAUCUUAAAGCUGCCGGCGCGGAUGGAAAAGAACUGAAAAUUGUGAUAGUGGGAGAUGGUGGCUGUGGGAAGACCUCGCUACUUAUGGUGUUUGCCAAAGGAGACUUCCCAGAACAAUAUGCCCCAUCCGUGUUUGAGAAGUAUGUGAAAGAUAUCACAGUUAGAAACAAGAAGUUUACUUUGACUCUUUAUGACACUGCAGGUCAAGAGGAUUAUGACAGGCUCCGUCCACUAUCCUACCAAGAUACAAACAUCUUCUUAAUCUGUUAUGACGUCACAAACCCCACAAGUUUUGAUAAUGUCCGUAUUAAGUGGGUUCCAGAAGUAAGUCACUUUUGCCAGGGGGUUCCUAUAUUCCUGAUCGGUUGCAAAACAGACCUUCGAAUGGACAAAGAACGUUUGAGAAGAUUGAGAGCUGCUCAGCAAGAGCCAAUCACAUAUAAUGAGGUAGGUCAUUUCGAUACGAUAAGUCACUGUGUUGGGGUAGGAAAUUUCUCAGGUGAGGAAGAGGAGUUGGCAAUCCCCAGAAGAAUGAUACCUUUAUUACAGAGCUACCUGAGAUAAAUCUACAACAAAGAUCUCUCCACUGCAAGGCUGUAGGUGCGAGUUGAAUGGCAACACAACUGAAAAGUGUGUGGAAAGGAGAGAGAGAAACAGUUUGCAGAUUCUCAUUUGUGUUGCUUUCAGGGUGAAGAGACUGCUCGCCAAAUUAAUGCGGUGAUGUACUUGGAAUGUUCAGCCAAAUUCCGUGAGAACAUAGAGGACAUCUUCAGAGAAGCUUCAAGUGCAGCUUUAAAUGCCAUAAAGAAGAGAAAAAGCAAAAAGAGGAAGCAGAAGCAAUGCUUGUUGCUUUGACAGUUGUUACCUAAUGGAAGUUAAUGGACAUCAGUGUGCCAGACUGGAAUGCAUAUACUGUAUUAUAAUUAGUUCGUAGCUUUUAACAGAUUUAUGUGCAAUUGUGAUACAUUCUCACUGAACUCGUUUUACUAUAAGGGGAAAGUUAUGUUGCCACACUCCAAGAUACUUCAGGCUGGAAAUGCAUUGCUAAAGCACAAAAUAAAUCAUCAGAUACAAGAAGAGUAAAAGUCUUUAGUGUGUUACAGAAACAGGCACUUCAUCCACAUUAAAAAUAACUCCAUACAAAAAGGAAAAAAUGUAAACACUGAACAUUUGAAACAAAAAUGAUACAUAUAUCAAUGAAGUCACAGCAUGUAUGUAGGAUGAAGCCAAGACAGCAUUUUGAAAAGGUAUAUCUUCAUGACUUAAGACGAGCUCUCAUUGAAAUGUUGACUUGAUGCUGACAUGCUGUUGUGUUUUUACAGCAAGUUUGAUUCUUGUGUUUAUGUCACUCAACAUCACUUAAACAUCACUGCUUCUGUUGGGUUUAUUGCUUCAUGUGUCUCAUGCAACUUACUGUUGAAUGCAAAAUAUGUUCAAUGUUAUUUUGUAAAAUAAUGUAAAAUAGCAGCUGUUUCGGGUCAACCAUGCUUUAAAUUGUGAUAAAAGUAAAAGUAUAACCUGUCACUACAAGCAAUGGCAGCUUAAUGGCACUAAAGCACUUUCUUAAGUAAUUAUUUUCCACCUUUUUUUCUUCUGCUUCUGAACACAUGGACUUAAAUGAAGGAUACAGUUUCACAAGUGCCUGUAGGAGGUUUGUCCAACACAAAUUUAGGUCUGAAUACAGUUAAGUGCAACUGGAUAAUUUUGUAAGGAGCAACAUGUUUCUCCAAUCAGAGGUUGUUUCUGAGACUAAAUGAGACAUAAAACACUCCUCCCCCUCUUUUAAAAAAAAAACAUACCUAGGCUGAAAGGAAACCAAUUUCCAGCCUCCAUUUUCAACUGAGUUCUGAUGAGGCCAGUUUGGAAUGUGUCCCACCUGAAGUAAAGUAAGGUCAGUGUUAGUUAAUCCUAACUCCUUCACUCAGUCCUGGACCCCUAGCCUUUUCCCUGGUGAUCUGGACUUGAGGUACAUCUUUUUCUCUCUUUAGUUCUGCUUCUUAACUGAAAAGGCAAAAAAAGGGUUUUAUUAGUGGCUCUGCAGCUUUGCAACUUUGAAUGGUCGUUUUAUUGAUUACUUAUUUAAAAUAGGAACGUAUCAUUUGAAAUCUUUCCCCCCGCCCCCAAAAUUCAUUCAUGUUUAGUGUUGAGCUAAAACUUCUCUUUCUGAAGUUGCCCUAUCCCCACAGAAUGGGUGAUAAAUUGAACUAUGGCUUCCCCUCUCACAAAAAGUUACAUGACUAUGGUCCCAAACCUCAGAUGGCUUUCUCAAAUUUCUUUUGUUAAAUAUCCUAACCUUAAAUAACAGCAGGCUAUUCAAUUUUAUGGAGUUAAAAUUGAACUCCACCCUCUCCUCUUCAGUUUCCAGUAGCUGUGAAUAUUUUCUGACAUCCCCCACCCCUGGUUUCUGGAUGCCAGUGACUGUACAUUACCUCCUACCACUGCCAGCUGAAAACAUUUACUUCCACACCAAAAGGGAAGUAAAACUAGGAUCUUCUUAUCUGCAUCACUCAAGUCCACGGUGACGCAGCCUCUCGAAAUGAUCUAUCAGGAAAGCUGCUAAAGCACUUUACAAAGCAGAAACAUCACAGGAAUAAGUUUUUGUUGAACAUCUGCAAAUCUUUUCUGCUUGUACUGCCUCGCUCAGAGAAAUAAACAAAUGCAAGGAUGAUCUUGGAGCCAGACACAGAUGAAUUAUGCUUUUUCCCUAAGAAAUAGAGGAUGGGGCAGCACAGUAGUCAGCACUGCUGCCUCAGCGCUAGGGACCUGGGUUCAAUUCCACCAUCUGGCGACUGUGUGGAGUUGGCACGUUCUCCCUGUGUCUGUGUGGGUUUCCUCUGGGUGCUCUGCUUUCCUCCUAUGGUCCAAAGAUGUGCAGGGUAGUGGAUUAGCCAUGGGAAAUGUAGGGUUACAGGGAUACGGUUGGGGGGUGGGGGGAUGCUCUUCAGAGGGUCAGUAUGGACUUUGUGGGCCAGCUCACCUGCUCCCACACGGUAGGGAUUCUAUGAUUCUAAGAUCAAAUGACCUUCUGUUAGGAAACAGACUGCUGAUUUUAUAAGACUAAACAUCACAUUCUGGAGAAAUAUCAAUUUCUUUUUGAUCUUCACAUCCUUUCAUAACCCAGUCACUAUCUAACCUAAAUUACUAGGCAGAAAGGGCUCCUGAUUGCAGCAUAUUGUUGCAAAAGUUAAGUGCUUAAUAAAUGAGAGAACUUUUCUUUCCAUUGGUUCAGGAUAGCUGAAAUGCUAGAAAACACUGACAGAUGUCUGCAGCUGUCUGUCUAUUCCCGCAGCCAGAACCCAAGCUGGCUUGUCCCGCAUGAUACAAAGAUAGAAGAUAGCAUUAUAAUGAUCUAUUCACUGCAUUUGCUAUGAUACAUAUAUGGAUUCCUUAAGUACUAGCAGGGUAGGAGUUUCUGUAGCACAACAAUUGGUUCUUCAGAAGCGUUCUCUAGCUAAGCUUAAGCUAAUAUUACCUGGAGAAAAUUGGCACAAUGUAAAAUGAGCUGUUGAUUCAAUAUGACUUGUUUCUUGCUUUUGUGCAGACUAAUUUCAGCCCUGAGCAUAUUUUCACAGAUUGUUCUGUCACUUUUAAUUUAUUUUUAAUGUUUCUGUCAAUGUAAGGAUGAUGUUCAGUCAAAAAUUGUACUGAACAGGUGAACUGGUAGAGGUAACAAGGUGUAGAGCUGGAUGAACACAGCAGGCCAAGCAGCAUCAGAGGAGCAGGAAAGCUGACGUUUCGGGUCGAGACCCUUCUCAAUCUGGUAGUCUUUUUUUGUCUUAGAUGUAGUUGUUGAGAAUCAAACUUAAACUUUAGCAAACCAGUGUGGAAAACAGUAUUUUAAUGCAUUAUUUUAGACCGUUGACAGUGCUACAUCCAUCCUUUGUC